CUCCAUGUUCUCUCUGUCAGAUGUAGCUCAGGCAGUAUUGAGUGUGUCUCCACAGAGCUGGCUGACUGAAGGAGAGUCAGUGACUCUAAGCUGUGAGGUUACAGGCUCCUCUACAGGCUGGACAUUCAGCUGGUACAGAGCUGCUCUCUACAGACAAGGCUUAGAGCAAAUAAGAGACGUUCAUGGCAAUGUUCUGUAUCAUGUAGAGCUCCUGUCAGACAGCAGAAGAGAAGCUGGAGGCUCCUACACUCUCAGUCCUGCUGCUGUAAAUCACACAGGAGUUUAUGUGUGCAGAGCAGAGAGAGGAGAACCAGCCUAUCAGACACAGUACAGCACUGUGCAGACACUGUGGAUCACUGGUUCAUCUCCUCCAGCCUCUCUGAUCAUCAGUCCCAGCAGAACUCAACACUUUAGUGCUGGCUCUCUCUCACUGAGCUGUGAGGGACAGAGUGACUCUACUGGAUGGAGAGUGAGGCGAUACACACACAGUGGGGAGGUGUCAGAUUGUUCAUCAGUUACAGGAUCUACAUGCAGCAUCAGCUCCCUCCACACAUCCCUCACUGGAGUUUACUGGUGUCAGUCUGAGUCUGGAGGAGGAAGUGAUCCUCUCAACAUCACAGUGCACAAUGGUGAUGUGAUCCUGGACAUUCCUGUCCAUCCUGUGACUGAGGGAGAUUCUCUGACUCUCCGCUGUUUAUUUCGCUCCACAAAGCCCUCAAACCUCACAGCUGAUUUCUAUAAAGAUGGAUCGCUGCUCCAGACCCAGACGACAGGAGAGAUGAUCAUCUGUACUGUCUCAAAGUCAGAUGAAGGUCUCUACCACUGUAAACACCCAGAGAGAGGAGAGUCACCACAGAGCUGGCUCUCAGUCAGAGGAGCUCCAGUCUCAGCGCUCAGUCUGCUCAGCAGUUUAAUGGCAGUGUCUCCAUAUUUGCUGGUGACCAUCGUGCUGGGGGUCAAAUGCUACAGAGCUCAAGCUAGUGUGCUGGCUCUGUGGAGUGGGCAGGGCAUGGUGGUUAGCCGAGCCCAAGCAGAAAUCUCUAAUGUUGAUCAGACUCAUGCAGGUGAUUAUACCUGUAAGGGAACACAGUCAACAGGCCGAAUCUACACACACACCAGUGCAGCUGUUACACUGACUGUAUCAGUAAAAGUCAAACCUACAAUCACCUCAAACCCUGAAGGAACUGCACUGACAGGAAACACAGUGACUCUGUACUGUAAACUCCAUCAGUCUGCUGGAUGGACGUUUUACUGGUCCAAACACACACAGAGCUCUGAGAAGGAGACCAUCACCAACGUCUACACCAUCAGCUCAGUUAGACUCUCUGAUGGAGGUCAGUACUGGUGCAGAGCUGGCAGAGGAAACCCAGUCUACUACACACACUACAGUGAUGCACUCUGGGUAAAUGUUACUGACAGCACUAAAGCUGUGGUGUCCAUAAAGCCUGAUAAGCAGGUGUUUAAAGGAGAGACGGUCACUCUGAGAUGUGACAUGCAGGCAGGAGGAGACACUGAGUGGACUUACCGCUGGUAUAAAGAUGACCGUCUGUCCUCAAACAGAAGAACACAGGAGUUCACAGUCAGCUCUGUUACAGAGUCUAACGGUGGUAAAUACACCUGCAGAGGAGACAGAACACAUGACUUUCAGAGCUCAGAGAUCAGUGAUGCUGUUACCCUGACUGUGUCUGAUGUAGCUCAGGCAGUAUUGAGUGUGUCUCCACAGAGCUGGCUGACUGAAGGAGAGUCAGUGACUCUAAGUUGUGAGGUUACAGGCUCCUCUACAGGCUGGACAUUCAGCUGGUACAGAGCUGCUCUCUACAGACAAGGCUUAGAACAAAUAAGAGACGUUCAUGGCAAAGUUCUGUAUCAUGUAGAGCUCCUGUCAGACAGCAGAAGAGAAGCUGGAGGCUCCUACACUCUCAGUCCUGCUGCUGUAAAUCACACAGGAGUUUAUGUGUGCAGAGCAGAGAGAGGAGAACCAGCCUAUCAGACACAGUACAGCACUGCACAGACACUGUGGAUCACUGGUUCAUCUCCUCCAGCCUCUCUGAUCAUCAGUCCCAGCAGAACUCAACACUUUAGUGCUGGCUCUCUCUCACUGAGCUGUGAGGGACAGAGUGACUCUACUGGAUGGAGAGUGAGGCAAUACACACACAGUGGGGAGGUGUCAGAUUGUUCAUCACUUACAGGAUCUACAUGCAGCAUCAGCUCCCUCCACACAUCCCUCACUGGAGUUUACUGGUGUCAGUCUGAGUCUGGAGGAGGAAGUGAUCCUCUCAACAUCACAGUGCACAAUGGUGAUGUGAUUCUGGACAUUCCUGUCCAUCCUGUGACUGAGGGAGAUUCUCUGACUCUCCGCUGUUUAUUUCGCUCCACAAAGCCCUCAAACCUCACAGCUGAUUUCUAUAAAGAUGGAUCACUGCUCCAGACCCAGACGACAGGAGAGAUGAUCAUCUGUACUGUCUCAAAGUCAGAUGAAGGUCUCUACCACUGUAAACACCCAGAGAGAGGAGAGUCACCACAGAGCUGGCUCUCAGUCAGAGGUGAGAACACUUCAGGUUCUGGAUCUACUGGUGUAAAAGUAGAAGUAAUAGUCGGAGUGUCAGUGGGACUGAGUCUAAUCUUGCUCCUCAUCAUCAUACUGGGCCUGAUUUGCUGCUACAAGAAGAGCAAAGGUGAUUCUGCAGCUCAGCCCAGUGAUGACACUUACGCUGAGAUUAUGACUACAAACAGCUACAGAGGAAACGAUGAAGCAGUGAGGAGACCAAAUGAUGUGACUUAUUCCCAAAUUGAGAUGAAACAUUUCAACUACCACAGUGAAGGUCUGUGAAGAAAACUGCUGCUGCUGCUGUCGCAGGACAGAAAGUAAGCAUUUCCAGAAACUCCUGGUUGGGUUUUAAGGAGUGCAGACAGACGAGGAUCUGAACACAUUUAGACUGUCAGAAUCAUCUUUAAUAUCUGUAUAUCUUUCAGUAACAAACGCUCUGUUAGUGUUUUAUACUGAUGCAGUGAGAAGAGUCACUUUUUCUCAUUUUUUA